CACAAAGCCCGCGCCGCUGGCAACAAGCGUCUGUGUGAUACGAGAGAACGAGAUGGCAACCUGCCUUACCUUGGAUAGUUUAGAAAGGGGGAAACUCUCUUUGCCAAUGAUCCAUCUCCCAUAUCAUCUGUCAGACCAGAUUCUAUCUUACUUGCUAUUGCCUUCGUUGCUCCCUCUCUCUCUCACCCAUUCAUCGCCGUUUGAUCCGCAUCCGGAGCUUGUUUACACUGCCCGCUUACAACCCACCAAAAAAGAGGCACCCUGAGCUGAACUGAGUAGAGCACCGCUUCGCUACGUCAUAUCAUUAAGGCCAAUCCCCGGACAUCACAUCAGCAAACGCAGUCAGCAUACAAACCCGACUUCAUCUGGACCCAAUUCCGCCCACUCUUUUCUCUCCUUCCUCUCUGUCACCUGGCAUACGAUAUUCCAUACCCUGAAGCAGCGCCAAACAGCAAUCAUGGAGUCUUUUGGAGCUCUCAAGCGGCGGACGACCGAGAUCCUCCAAUCUCUCCCGCAGAACCUACCCAAUAUGCCCAAUGUCAAGAGGCCGUCCCUGUCCAGCGGCACCGGUCCCAAGCCAAUGAAGGGCACAUGGGAACGAAUCGACGUCCCGCCCCUCGCCCGCUCCUCCCACACCGUCAACGUCGUCAACGGCUCCGCCUACGUCUUUGGCGGCGAGGUCAACCCCCGCGAACCAGUCGACAACGACGUCCACGUCAUUAGGCUUCCCUAUAACAGCGCCGGCGCCGACUACUACAAGAUCAAGUCUGCUCCUGCAAAGCAGUAUACACCGCCCGCCGACCCCGAGCCCGCGGCGAAGCUGUCGGAAGAGAAGGUUGACGAUGAGAAACCCGAGGCGUCCGGCGAAGACGUCGAGGAGAAGGCCGCCCUGAAGGAACAGCUCCUCGACGAGGUAUCUCUCGCCUCACCAGGCGUCACCGGAGAAGAAGGGGAAGAAUACUCUUCCCUCGGAGCCGGCGAGCAAACCACAAGUGCGCCCACCGCAGCGGACAAAGGCAAAGGCCCCGCCCUACCCGAAACCCCCGUCCUCGGCGACGUCCCGGGCCCCCGCGUCGGUCAUGCCACCGCUGUCAUCGGCAGCCGCAUCUUCCUCUACGGCGGCCGUGGCGGGUCAGACAUGACACCCCUUGAGGAGGCCGGCCGCGUCUGGGUCUUUGACACCCGCACAAACUCCUGGUCCUUCCUCGACCCCGUACCGCCCGCUCCCGGCGUGACCAACCUCCCCAUGCCCUCCCCGCGCAGCUACCACUCCGCGGCCGCCACCGACCGCCCGCGCGACUUCGCCCCCAAGCACGCCCGCGCAAAGCAGACCUGGCGGGCCUGGGCCCAGGGCGACAGCGCCGACGUCGGCAUUCCCCAGGCGCCCAUUGUAGGCCACGCCGCGGUCAACGCCACGGACGAGGAGGACGACGGUUACGGCACCUUCUUCGUCCACGCAGGCUGCCUCGCCAACGGGGAACGCACAAACGACCUCUGGGCCUUUGACGUGCGGAGCCGGGUGUGGAGCCAGCUGCCCUCGGCGCCCGGCCCCGCGCGGGGCGGCGCUGCCAUCACCGUCAGCAAGAGCCGGCUAUUCCGCUUCGGCGGGUAUGACGGCAAGGGCGAAAUCGGCGGCCAGCUUGACUUCAUCCACCUCGAGAUGGACACCUUUGACGACGGCGUCUCCAAGGGCGAGAUCGCCGUCCACGGCCGCGGCGGCUGGCAGAGCAUCGCUCAGGGCGCGGGCGCAACCCCCGGAGCCACCGGUGCUGGUGAGCAGGAGAUCCACCUCGUCCCGGGCCAAACGUGGCCCGGUCACCGCAGCGUAGCGGGUCUCGAGGCCGUCACUGUCGGCGCCGGCCGGGAGUACCUCCUUCUCAUCAUGGGCGAGCGCGAGCCCAGCGCGGACGGCCACGCCGGCGCCGGCGCAAUGUGGGACGACGUGUGGGCAUUCCAGGUCCCGCCGCUCGGCAUGACGGCUGCUAGCGUGCGCGACGCCAUGUUGCAGGCCAUUGGCCGUCCCACGGGCGAGGGCAAGUGGACGAGGCUGUCGACGGAGCCGUACGACGACGAUAACGACGACAGCGAGCCUGCGCCGCGCGGGUGGUUUGCGGCGGCGGCGAUGGGCGAUGUGGAGGAGGCUGGCGUCGUUGUCUGGGGAGGAUUGAGCUCUGAAAACAAAAGAUUGCGAGACGGCUGGAUCUUGAGAAUCCCCGAGUGAGGGUGUCAAGUCUCAAAUUGCAUAAAAACUGCAUACAGUAGAUGGUCGGGGUUUUGGUUCCAAGGUUCAUAUAUCAAACUAAGCAGAUUUCGAGCGGCAAGUCGAUAGCAAAUGAUGAAUGAAGAACAAUUUAUCACGUUUUAACAAAAUAAAAUAAAAAUGGGA